UAUGGUGUGCUGCCUAUUAGUUCACGUGUGUUCGGUGUUUCGUGGGAAUAAUUGCGUUGUCGGCCAGAAAGUGAUAUUUAGAUCAAACAAAAAUGGGCAAAACAAUAUUAGCUGACGAGGGAGUGCAGGUGUUUGUUAACGGACUGUAUGGAGCUCACAGUUGGAUGAUUGGGCUCGUUGUUGGUCACCAGUGCACCAGUCAGAAAGACUUUGCAGUAUGCCUGGUUCCAAGUCCCAAAGAGGAAAUUGAAGAUGAAGAGACCAACAAACAGACCAUGUUGGACGGUGUCAGCGAGCACUGGAUUGCCGAGCACGCAAGACAGGUGACCAGGAUGCUGCCAGGAGGCUUGGGCGUGACGGGCGUGUUCGCCCUGGCCCCUCCCGAAAUGAUGAGAAGUGCACAGGCCAAACUGAGGCAGGUACUGUUUGCCGUGCACAAGCUGCUGAGGAAACACAGACUGCUGGAGGAAGGGGAAGUCACCACGGAAUGGGCGAUGCUGCAGAUAUGCGCAACCUCAAGAAAGUUAACCUGUCGCACCUUUGAUGUCUCUAAUCCACAAAGUACAGCCAAACCAGCCGACUGGAAGUUCCAGAGCUUCCUCUCCCGUUGGCCCUACCUUCACUGCAGGAUACACGUGGACAUCACGGUCCCUGUCCGACACCAGGCAGCGGACUGUGGCCAGUACAGCAAGCAGAUCUCGGCCGGGUUAUCGCCCUUUGUAGAGACUAUCCACAACAGUUUAGCCCUUGUCAACGGUCAGCUUAGAGAUCCACAGGACAGUCUAGAAGCAGCACAAACUAAGCGUAAGUCAGGCAAGAAGUCUUCCGGUGCUGGUGGGCCUAGUGCUUUGAAAUACUCCGUAGAGCUUCUGGCACAAAAUAUUAAACACUGCGACAACAAAGUUCAGCACAGCCCCUGCAGCGCACGCAUACAGGUGCAUGGAGUAAUGGAGAGCAGGUCCUAUGUACACAACAAGGCCACCGUGGAAGAGGCAAUACAGGCAGUGAAGGAAGACGUUAUCCGCAGCUUACAGGCCAGGUUGGAGCUGCUGUCGGAUGAACUGCGGCAGAGCAGUACAGAGGAGGAAGUGAAAGAAGUAGACACAGAACCACCCUGUUCCAUAGCCACGCCCAAGCGCGUCUUUGCCAACUUGCCAGGCACCCACAUCAGUGUGUGCGACUAUGCCUUCCGCGACGAGACAGCCCAAGACUCGCUGGAUCGGCUGAACGAGCUCCUCAACCUUCAAGUCACGGACGAGGAGUUAGAACUGGAGGCAGAAAAAGUACCAGAUGACAGUGACAUGGAAGCAUCGGAAAAGAGUUCCUUCUCACUGUCGGCUGCGGAGAGUGAGGAGGGGCAUCAGGAGGCUCGCAAGAGGAAGCCAGUCAGAUACCUGGGGGCUGCUCUAGGAGCCGCUGGUGCUCUUCUUGCGGCUGGGUUGUCCUACCUAGUCAUCCAGCAUGACUGAGCCAAUCAGAACACAGCCAGUGAGUCAGCAGAGGCAGCCAAUAAGAGCACAGCUAGUAAUAAGUCCAUAUUUAACCAAUCAGCACCAAUGCUGCUGGAUUUAUACCUUGUCAUCCACCGCUACAGAGCCAAUCACAACACAGCCAGUAAUUGAUCAUCACUCAUUAACCAAUCAGCACAGUGGCAGCACAGUUUUCACACCUAGUCAUCCAGUUUAGCUGAGCCAAUCAGAGUACAUCAUCAGAGAACAGGGUACAUCAUCCACCUAUCAGCAAUCUCAAUAGUUACAAGUCUGUCCUAGUCUCUUCGUUUAUAAAAAAGUUAAUGUCAUAUCACUCUCCGACUUUCCAAAGAUUCAAGGCUGUCCAUUGAUCUGUUGACGUAGUCCACAAUUGAAUUUGCAAUUCUCCGGGUGAAGCCUGGUAUUUGCAGAUUUUCAGUUCGUUAAUUAGGUUGACUUAGGAAUUUGAUUUCUGCCUCUGAUGUGGAGGCAGAUGGUGGUAGUGUAAAGCCCCAGU